CGAACCAAGACGGGGCUGCAUUUCUGGGAUGGGGAUGCCGCCAGCUGCUGGCUCCUCCCUGCUCCAGCCUUUGGCCGCCUUCUUCUGCGAAGGCCGUGCGGGCGCUGGGCAGCCUCGGCCCGCGCUGGGCGGGGACCGGGCGGGCUCAGGGCCCUGCACAGCCCCGCCGGUCGGGCCGGGGCAGAGCGCGGCCGCCGCUCUCCCGGAACAGAACUACGUUUCCCAGCUCUCUUCCCGGCCGGCACCGCCCCCUUCCCGCCGGGCUGGGCGCAGGGCCGGAGCCGCGCGGCGGCGGAGGCGCUACAGCCCGGGGCCCCUGCGCGCCCUCGGGCACGACCGGCCCGGCAGCGCCGGCCCCGCUCCGUGCCCGCCAUGGCGGAUAGCGCGGAGCCCGCCGCUCCCGCCGCGGCUCCGGACGCGAGUCCCGCCGCGGCCCCCCCCGGCUCGCCGGCAGGAGAGCGGCGGGCGGGCGGCUCCCCCGGCUCGGGCGCGGCCAUGCCGCGGCUGCCGCUGGGCGGCCCGGGCGGGGCGGCGGGGAUGUCGCUGCCGCGGCUGGAGAAGCCCAUCAAGCAGGCCUUCUACAACACCGGCGCGCUGCUGUUCGCGGGGCUGUGCUGCGGCGCCGCCGUGCUCGUGUACUUCAUCCUGGAGGCGUUCCUGCGGCCGCUGCUCUGGGCCGUGCUCUGCGGCACCUUCCUGCACCCCUUCAAGACCUCGCUGACGGCGCUGGGGCGGCGCUGGCUGGGCCGCCUGCACCGCUCCCGCACGCCGGUGCUGCUGGCCGCCCUCCUCCUGCCCAUCUGCUUCGCCAACUACGGCGUGGAGGCGCUGGGCGAGCAGGUGCUGCGGCGGCGGCGGCUGCUGCUGCUGCUGGGCGCCGGGGGCCCGCUGCUCUACGGGCUCUACUGCCUGGGCAGCUCGCUGGGCGUGCAGGUGCUGCUGGCACAGGCCGCCCGCAUCAUCUGCCAGGGGCUCGACUACUUCAGCAGCCAGUGGAUAUGGACACUGGUAGUUGGCUACCUGCUGAUGGUUUCAUUCAAGUGGAAUACAAGCACUGAACGUUACUUAAAGGCAGUGUCUGUUCCUGUCUGGAUUAUGCUGCUCUUUCACUUAGCUUCUGUGGCAGGCUCCUGGAGAAUUCCUGUAUUUCUGGUUAUAGUUGUUCUGAUGACAGUAGGCAUGUUGCAUGAACAGCAGAAUGGAAAGGAGUCCUCUGGGGCAGAGCUUCCUGGUCAGAUGAUUUCCAUCGCUGCUUCAACAAUUGCCAUGGCAAUUUCAAUGACAGAAGAUGAGUCCAAUCAUGAACAUUCCUCCCAACCCUCAGGAGCAACAGCAGAAGGUGAUCAGCCUCCACCUCCUCGAGCUUCAUCAUCUUUCAGCUCCUCCUCUUCAACAUCUUCUGGGAACAGACAAAGACCUGAGAUUGGAUCUUUUCUUAGAAAAAAGAAAACUAGUGAUAUUUACUUUGUUAUUCUUGUGUGGGCCAUUGUCAUUGUUCAGAUCUGGCUAAAUUUUUGGAUUGUGCAGCUGUUGCCAGUGCCUUUUGCAGUUUGGGCACUUAAAAAAUUCGUGGUUCAUUUUGGAGUUUUGAACUUCAUGGCAAAGCACUGCAAAAGUUGGUGGCAACUUGUUGAAAAUUUUGUGAAGGAACGUCAGGAGGCUCUUGCUCCACGGCCCAUCAGAGGACUUGGAAGUGUUAUGCUAAAGCUUGACAGUAAGCUGUGGCACUGGCUUAAUAAGAAGAUUAUCGUGUGGUUGGAGAAAAUGCUAGAUAAAAUAAUCAGCAUUUUCAUAAUAUUUUUGCUGGUGAUAGGAACCCUUCUGCUAGCUCUUCUCCUUACUGCAAAGGUACAUCAAGAGAGUGUUCACAUGAUUCAAGUCACAAGCAGCUUGAUCAAUGAGACAGUAGCCAGUCACCCAGAAUGGGCAAACUGGCUCCCAGAAGCCCAGGUCAUUCAGAAGGCGCUCAAUUCUGCAGCUAACAACGUAUACCAGUAUGGCCGAGAGUGGAUCACGCACAAGCUCCAUAAGAUUUUAGGAGAAAAAGUAAACAACACUGCUGUGAUUGAAAAACAAGUGCUGGAGCUCUGGGACAGGCUUUAUCACUCUUGGUUUGUGAAGAAUGUAACACAUUCUGGAAGACACAAAGGACACAAGUGGCACAUAAACCGUCAAAACAGCUGGCUUGGAGAUAUUCUGGACUGGCAAGAUGUUGCAUCCUUUGUUCAUGACAACAUUGAAACAUUUCUCUCGAUCCUGGAGUCUCUGUGGAUAGUGAUGAGUCGCAAUGUGAGCCUCUUGUUUACUACAGUUACAGCAUUAGUGACAAUCCUCUUCCACAGUGGGACAGCUCUUCUCAAUUUUGUGCUUUCAGUGGUGAUUUUUCUGACCACACUGUUCUACCUGCUGAGCUCCAGUGAUGAGUAUUACAAGCCAGUAAAAUGGGUGAUAAGCCUGACACCUUUGUCACAGCCAGGUCCCUCCUCAAAUAUAGUUGGCCAAUCUGUGGAGGAAGCAAUAAGAGGUGUGUUUGAUGCUUCCCUCAAAAUGGCUGGGUUCUAUGGACUCUACACUUGGUUGACUCACACUAUAUUUGGGAUUAACAUAGUCUUCAUACCAUCUGCAUUAGCAGCAAUCCUUGGAGCAGUGCCAUUUCUGGGGACAUACUGGGCAGCAGUCCCUGCAGUCCUAGAUUUGUGGCUUGUGCAAGGACAGGGAUGCAAAGCCCUUUUGCUCUUGGUUUUUCACCUCUUGCCAACCUAUUUUGUAGAUACAGCAAUUUAUUCAGAUAUAUCAGGAGGUGGUCACCCUUACCUGACAGGCCUUGCAGUAGCUGGUGGAGCAUAUUACCUGGGACUGGAAGGGGCCAUCAUAGGACCAAUUCUACUUUGUAUACUUGUGGUUGCCUCCAAUAUAUAUAGUGCCAUGUUGGUGAGUCCAACAAAUUCUGUGCCCACCCCAUCACAAGCGACAUGGCCAUUACAGAUUUACCGGUCACCUAGAGAGAGUCCCGAGGAGAUGAAAACAUCUGCAGAGUGAUGGAGGUGCCGGGGUGCACCAGUACAACAUGAGGGACUUGCUGUCGUCUGUCUCGGGUUCACAACAGCCAUGGCCUUCUGUCCCUGCCCAGCUGUGCCUGGGGCAGCUCACAGGGAAGCAUAGACUGGGUUUUAGGAGCAAGCACUAGAACAUCUGCUGGCCUUACAUUAUUGUGCACUUUGCCUCUUCGAGAGAGAAUGUCUCCUUCCCAUGGCUUUGCAUACCAACACACAGUCAGCUGCCUUGUUGAGGACUUGGAAGACCCUCUGUCUUAUCAAAAGAAUAGCUCAGAGGAGAGGUACAUCCACUGGAGUCAUUAUCUUAUCUCCUGAAAUUACUAACUUGGCUUUUAUUUAUUGGGUUAUUUGUCUUACUAAACUGUAGUAGCUUUAAAGAAAGCUGUAAUUCCAAAAUAUUUAUUUUUAGGCAAUCGGUGGCACAAGAAGGGCAAACCACUCAUUGUGAAAUGAAAGUAUAAUAUAAUAGUUUGCGCCUCCUCAAGGUGUUCCUUUAUAAGCUUCAACCAUCAUCUGUAACUCAUAAUAACACUUACAUAUUAUUCUCUUACAUGCACUGAAAUUUAAUGUUGUUGGAGACUGGUAUUUUUAAUACCUUCCUGAUAUUAAUAGAAAUGCAAACUGUUAAAUGUGGAUUUUCCUGUUACUGACAUAGGAUCAUUUAAAUAGUUUAAAUCUUGCCCCCAUUUGCAGUGAAAUUUGAUAAUAUUUUGCUGUUUAUCCACCCUCCCAGUGGAGUCAUCUUGUCAGUUAAAUUUAAUCAAAGGCCUUGAGUGUUUUCAGACUGUAGUAAUGCAGGAUGGUCGUAUGUCCUUCCAGUAAGUGGAAGAAGUUUAAUGGGGAUAGUUUAAUGUUGGUUUUCAAAUGCUGUGGCUGAGUUCAAUUCACUUUUUAAACAAAUUUUACUACCAGAAAGAAAGAGGAGGGAACAUGAAUUUGACUGUAGUUUAGUUGGGGCUUUUUAACCCUGUACAUAUCCAGCCAAAUAUCUGAGAUAUAAGAUAAAUCUUAAUAUAUUAGGGUAUAUCUUACUAAUAAACAAAGAUCCUGAAUUUUUGAAAUUAUGUAUUGCCUAGGUCACAGCAUCAAAUCCUCUAGUGUUUUUCUUCCAUACAUAAUUUUGCUUAAAAUGCAGCUUUGGUGACAUUUAAGGCCUUUUGUAUUGAUUGUCAAAACAUUUUGACAUAAUGGAUCUUUAUAAACGGAUCCUUUUUGUAAAUGGGAAUUGGGGUUUUUUGGUAAAUAUUUCAUAUUUGCACAGCUUUUCCACAAAUCCAAUGAGGCCCAAGGUACAAAGUAGCAGAUGCACUUGCUUAACCAAAGAACCACCAUUCAGUUUCCAGUAACUUGAAUUGAUUUCAGAGGUUGAUUGAUAAUGAGUUGUACAAAAUAGAGGCAUGCCUUGUAUUUAUUGUUGACAGUAAUUCAAUGUUUGAAACAAAGGGAUCUUAUACAGGGAUAAGGAUAUCUAAGAUGUGUGCACAAACAGCUUGCAGUAACUGAGAUGUUUGUUUUGCUUGAGUUCUAGAAGUGUUGACAGAUUUGAAAGGUUCUUUCCAUGAUACUGUAUGUAUUUUUACAUUGUUUUGAAAAAUACAUUGCCAUGGGAAGUGAUUGGAAAGUACUCUAAUACUGAGUAAAGAGGAAAGUCCUGCUAAAGGCUCACAAUAAACAGGCUGCCUAACAAGACACAAAUAGUCUGCUUCUCAGAUUCUCAAAAUAAGCUGCUGCAAUUUUACUGAUGAAAUUGUAUGUUUUAAGUGAGAGGUGUUGAGUAUGCUGUUUGUGUACACUUGCACGUAUGUGCUUGAGGGACAGACUUGGGCUUAAUUUAGUAAGUUGACUCAGGUUUAUCAAAAUAUGGAAACAUCCCAUUUAAUAUUUUAAAUUCUGAAGAUCUACAUAUCACUUUCAACUAACUGAAUAAGAAGAAUGUAUUGCUUGAAGGAAGUAUCUGUUAUAUCUCCUUGGUUUUGUGGCAUACAAAAAGGCUUAAAUGAAAUACAUUUUUAUAAUUGUUGCUGGCUAGGGUGGAGGAUGUGGGGAAACCUGAGGCUUUCCUAAAAUAUUCCUGCAACUUUCUAACCAGCUGGAAUGAGACCACCAUGAUAUUUGGGCUACUUGUUUAUUGUAUUACUUUUUUUUUAGUUCACAGUUUUGCACUGAAUUGUUGUGUUCUUGUUGUAGCUUCUUGUAGACAGCACUUAAAGCACCUCUUUGCUCACUGGUCAAGACAUGUGUAUUGUCCACCUUUGCUAUCCCAUUUUCUGAGACAAUCUUUCAUACCUCUGUGGUACUCCACUUAGUAAUUUUGAAGAGUCAUUAAAAAGCAUUAUUUUGUUUGGUUUUAA